AUGUUCGCUGCCUCUACGACCCGCUGUCUUCGCAUUCUCUAUAACUGGAUUCAAGAUGAUGACAACUUCAUUUGCAGGCUUAUUGUCAAUAGAGGUUAUCUUCGAAGAUCAAGGGGCAACCGCCUGACCGCAUUCAACCUUGAGGGUUCUGAGACCGAGAAUAGUGGAUUGCUCGAAGUGUUCAGCUACGUUCCUCUCUCUGUCGUUAGGGUUUCGAGUGGUCUUGUUCUCUCUAACAAGUAG